AUGACAAUAUGUUCGGUGGGAUUUCUCCCGUGAAGAUGAAAUAACAAUGAUCUGAUCGCAGACAAUCGGUUGGUUGGGGAUAGCUGCUCUUUGAUCUUGGAAAGCGCCAUUGCCGGAAGCCUCAGUGGCAGUUUUGGUGGCUGGCUGAUCAUAUCAUCAAAGGACAUUAAUGUGGUGUGCCAGAACGAUGAGUAAAAUGCGCUCCUGAUGCCAGUGAUAGUUGGUGUUAGAUGAGAAUUACCCAUCAAUUUCUGUGAGACAUAGCCGUUGCAUCAAAGUUUAAGUGCGUGAAUAUAGUGACGAGCAGCGAAGAUGAGUUUGAAAACCCGAAGCAUCGUGUUUGUGACAUUUUUCACCAGCUGCCUUAUGGUGGGGUUGCUGGUGGCCGGUCUCACCACCAACCACUGGAUACAGGGCUCGGCAAAGCGCAACAACUUCAGCGAAUCCAUUGGGCAGAUCAACUUUGGUCUGUUUUCCGGCCAUCGGCAACUAAAUGUGGGUUUUGGAUGGCGUGACUACAAGAUCGAUGUUCCCUCUAUGAUUCGCGACGAACCGGAAGUGAUGAGCUACUGGCUUUGGCUCGGUGCCGCACUCGGUACCGGCUUGGGUGUAUUGGGUGGAGUCAUCGGUGCAAUCGGAGCGGUACUCAAGUCAGCUUCGGCAUCCAAGAAAACCGGCACGAUGGUGGUGCUGUUUGUCAGCAAUCUGCUAGCGGGCAUCUCGCAAACGAUCGCUUUCGUCUGCUGGUUGUUGCAGUUCUACAAUUACCUCACGCACAAUGUGCUCCUGAUGGAGGAUCGGAACAACAACUGGUACAGCACUGGGUUGACGAUGCUGGGGCACAGCUUCUAUUUCGUUGCCGGCGGCAUGGCGUUGGUAGUGGUGAAUCUCAUACUGCUCGUAGUGGCCACGCGGCUGGAGCAUAGGGAACGGAACAAAUUCUCCCACCCCGUUACAGAUGAUAAGACGCAGGGCGCUAUUAUGCUGUAUUAGACGCUAAGUAAUUCCUGCUACGCGUAGGUCCACGUUUUCCUUCCAUCCAUCUUUAAUACUCAGUUUUACUCCGAUUUAUUCUACCAUUUACUUAUGAGUUCAAUCUACUUUCUUGGAAGUUGUGAUUCGGCAUCUUUUUUUUAUUGCUUUUGUAGCUUUAGGACAUAAAAGUGGUUUAGAAAUCACGCCAUAAGCUGAACUAAAGACGAAAAUUCGAAGAAUGCGCCACCGGCAUUGGCAGAGGUGGAUGCUCACUGCAGGUGCAUUUGAUUUUAACCAUUUUAACCAUAUUUUACACUACGAACCCUAUGCUAGGGUAUUGAAGGAAUUACCAUACUAAGUUAAAUGAAUAUACUUUCUUACUGUUGAGUGUAAGUGCGCCUGUAUGAAACAGCGGGAAAAUAAAUGAAUU